AUGCCAAAGAGGGCGUUUCACUCUGCUGCUCACGACUACCUUGGUGCUGAGGAGGUCGGGGCUGCUUCCGCUCCUAGUGGGAAGCGUCGCAGCGGCAGGGGCGGCAAGGGUGGUAGGGGAGGUGGGGGUGGCGGUGGAGGUGGCGGUGGAGGUGGCGGUGGGGGAGGUGGAGGUGGUGGAGGCGGUCGUGGGGGUGGAGGUGGUGGAGGUGGUGGUGGGGGCAGCGGAGGCACUGGGAGCGGUGGAGGUGGUGGUGGGGGCAGCGGAGGCACUGGGAGCGGUGGAGGUGGCAGCAGCGGCGGUGGGGGAGGAGGGAGCGGUGGUGGCAGUGGUGGUCAGGGCCAGCAGCAGUCGCAGCAGCAGCAGCAGCAGCAGCAGCAGCAGCAGCAGCAGCGUCAGCGCCAGACCCCCACUUCCCAGCAGCUUCUUGACUGUAGUCCUUCCACUGUCCCGCACACAGCAGCCAGUCCCCCACCCCCCCCGGUUCCUGCCACAUCCCCCCCACAGCAGCAGCCGCGGGAGGGGAGAGGCAGGGUAGAGGGUGGUGCUGCAUUGGCUCACGGCGGACACCAUAUCCGCACCAUCUCCCCCCCAACAGUCGCAGUUGCAGAGGGGAAGGCGACGAGAGAGGUUGGGGCGGCGGAUAGCAGGUGGGGCGGCGGGGAAGAGGAGGUGCGGCGGAGUGCUGCUGGUGCUGUUACUGGCGGUUGCGGGUGUCGCUGGCGUUGUCGUUGCUGGCGUCCCCGCCACGCCCUUACCCCGUCCCUCUCCUCCCCCACAGCGACUGUCGCUGCACACGGGAACAACCGCGAAAGCGGGUGA